CCACCCACCUCUCUUAUCUGAUUCCAAAUCCCCCAUUCCAUUCCUCUCCAAGAUGGCCAUGCCUUUGGGGUUUUUCUCCACUUUCUCUUCCGUUACGCCGUCGUUGCCCAAGUCUUCAUCGUCGUCUCUGAUGCUUGUUCAACCGGCGUCCCUUCAACCCUACCACGCUAAACCGAGGACACUAGUAACCUACGCCACUGCGUCGAAGCCUGCCACCGAGACCCAGACCAAGAAGAGGGCGCCCAGAGGCUUCUCGAAGCCGCGUCCAGUUUCACCGGAGAUGAAGGAUUUCCUCGGCGGUAGAACGGAAAUCCCCCGUACCGAAGUUCUCAAGGUCAUUUGGGCUUACAUCAAAGAAAAAGACUUACAGGAUCCAGCAAACAAGAGGGUUAUCAUAUGUGAUGAGAAGUUGAAGAAAAUAUUUGGGGAGAGGGAUCAUGUUGGGUUUCUUGAGAUUGCUGGUCUAAUCAGUCCUCACUUCCGGAAAGAGGAGGAAACUACUUGCAACUGAUUCCGCUUUGCUUUCGAUUAGUUUCUGCUAGACAACCAAGUAUCUAUGUAAAUUGGACAUCUAUUUUGGUUGAUGAUAUCUUGCUAGUAAGAAAGAAUGGCAUCCAACCUUUUUGUAGCUUACCACUUUGUUAGAAACCAUGUUUUAGAACCUUGUUUCAGUAGCGUUUUUACUUUGUUGGAUCUUCCCUACUUUUAAAUGUUAUGUCAUUGUUACCACUUAUCAUAUUUGCUAUUUGUUUCCCUACAAA